AUGGACGACUCUCCGUGGGGCGAUGUGCCGUCGCAAUCGGCCGCAGAUAGCGUCUCCAGUCCUGGCAAAGAGAAUGAUCCUACAGUAGCAUCACCGCCGACCAAAUCCUCAUCAACAACUACGAGCUCUGCCGCCCGGCCGUCCCGCAAAGGUCCCCCACGAAAGAUCGGUGCUCAACCCACUAAGCUAGAAAGCGUCGGCGAUGACUUCGAUCCUUUGGGACCGCUGAGUGGCGGCAGUGAACCCAUCACCUCACCUAUACCCGUCGAUCAAGCUCCGACACCUCCGCGGAAAGAGACGAAUCGCCCCGCUAGACCUCAGGGCUCAGAAGCAAUCGAAGGCGACGCACUCAACCUGCCGGUUGGCCGCCAAAGGCCAAUUCCACAAGUCGCAGCACAGCAGCCAGCGGCCCAGACAAGACAGACACAGCCCAGCAUAAGCGUUGAACAGGCAGCGAAGCCUACCUUCGAUAUCCUCGUUGGCGACCCUCACAAAGUCGGCGAUCUGACCAGCAGCCACAUUGUAUAUUCCGUCUCCACCAAGACCUCCUCAAAAGCCUACAAACAGCCCUCCUUUACCGUCUCUCGUCGAUACCGCGACUUCCUAUGGCUCUACAACUCGCUGCACAACAACAAUCCAGGCGUCGUCGUUCCACCUCCACCCGAAAAGCAGGCCGUUGGCCGCUUCGACACCGAAUUCGUCGAAUCGCGCCGCCAGGCUCUCGAGCGCAUGCUCAAUAAGAUCGCGAAUCACCCUAUCCUGCACCAUGACGCGGACCUGAAGAUCUUCCUUGAGUCCGAGGCAUUCAACGUGGACGUAAAGAAUCGGGAAGCCCGCGAACCAGACCUAGGCCAAUCAAAGGGCAUGCUUUCAUCGAUUGGCAUCAACGUCGGCUCCUCCUCCGGCAAGUUCAAUCAACUCAAGGGGCUCAUGAAAGCCCUCGACACCGUCGUUGUACAGCGCAAAGGCCUGUCAGAAGCAGCAGGCGACUUCGCCGUUAGUCUCGGUAACCUCGCGCAAGUAGAGCUGAGUCCAGACUUCUCCGGACCGCUACAAGGCUUGUCCGACGUGCAGGUCCGCAUUCAGCAGCUGUACGAGCGACAAGCACAACAAGACGUCCUCACCCUCGGCAUCACUAUUGACGAAUACAUCCGUCUUGUCGGCUCAGUCAAGACCGCAUUCCAGCAGCGCCAGAAAGCGUUCCAUAGUUGGCAUGCAGCGGAGUCAGAACUGCAGAAGCGACGGAACGCACAUGACAAGUUGCUACGGCAGGGCAAGUCCCAGCAGGAUAAGCUGAACGAGGUCGGCGCGGGCGUGAGCGACGCAGAGAAGAAGGCGCAUCAGGCGCGACUCCUGUUCGAGGACAUGGGCCGGCUGAUGAGGGGAGAGCUGGAGAGAUUCGAAAGGGAGAAAGUCGAGGACUUCAAGUCAGGAGUUGAGACGUUCUUAGAGGGGGCGGUGGAGGCGCAGAAGGAGCUGAUCGAGCUAUGGGAAACAUUCCUGUACAUGCUCGACGACACCGACGAGGCUGCCGCAAAUAACAGCCUUCCAACCAACAACACGAACACAGACCCGGUCGCGAACAACGCGGCAGCUGCAGACAGUACGCAAGCGAAUAUAACACCUGAUCAGCUGGACGGAUCGAUACCCAAGGAUGCAGGCCGGGACCAAUCGGUAGCUUCUGCGCCAAUCGCCCAGGCUGAGCCUGCGACAGCCACGGACGUUGCUUUAGAGCAGGACGCUUGA